GCCGCGCCCGCACCACGCCGACCGCCCCGCGCACCACCGCGCACGCGCACCGAUACCGACCGCCGGACCACUCCGACAGUGACACAGAAUGGGAGCCAUCCGAGCCAGACACGACGAGACUACCAUCCAUCACUAACUCUUCUACCAUCACGGCGCUUUCACUACCGAUGCCGAUGCAGGUCGUGAGAGGAGAUUCAAUUCAAGACGAUCAAUCCGACGCAGGAGGGGAUGGUCGACCGAUGCGCGCUCUAGAGAGCGGUAUGGGCGAGAGUCAAGCGCUAGUGCUACAGUCCAUCGACGUGGACACCGAGAUGACCCUCGCGCUGCGGGACAUGCCGCCGGUGCCGAUCGAAUACGACGACAUGAGCAUGCUGGAGGGCGCGGAGUGGAGCGUGUCGCUGCGCGCGCAGUCGCCGCGCCGCGCGCCCGCGCUGCCCGCGCCGCCGCACUCCCUCCCGCCCGACCAGCCCUCCACCAGCAACCAGAUCGCCACGGUACAAAUGCACAGCCAGACCGAGCCGGACUCGAUCCCGGUGAACGAGUCAAUAAUAUCUCUGCUGCUGAAAUUGCACUCGCAACUCUCCGGCCGGCUCGACUCCUUCUCAUUGGAGGAACCGGCGCCGCCCAAUGAGGAAGUUAUUGGCGAGGGCGCGGCGGCGGUGGGCGGCGUGCUGCGGCGGCUGGCGGCGCUGGACGCGCGCUGCGCCGGCGCCGUGCGCGCGCUGCGGGCGCAGCUGUGGCCGCACCAGCGCGAGCGCCAGGCCGAGCAGCGCGCCAGGGAACGUCGCGAGAAAGAGGAGCGGUCGCGCGCGCGCGAGCGACAACAACAAGUCAUGCGCGAGUUCGCGCGCCGGCAGCAACAGUUCCUCUCGGCCAUGGAGGCGGAGGCGGGCGAGGCGGCCUCCAUGCAGUGGGAGGACGAGGCGCCCGAGCGGGACUACGACUGCGUCAUCUGCAACACCACCACGCCCAGUACUCCCUCGGAUCCCGUGGGACUUGUCGUUUUACUACAGUCGACAUCGGUGCUGGGGCACCGGCGGCGCGCGGACAGUGGCGGUGCUCGGCUCGCCCUCAGCGAGAACGAGCGCGCGCGCCUCCACGCGCAGGCCGACACCACCGCCGCCGCGCACCACUACCGCCUGCACGACGACCUGCACCAACACUUCGAUAAGGAGUCGUGGCUGUUGAGCGUGAACGUGGGUUGGGAGGGCGGCGUACACGUGCAGUCGUGCGGCCAUCACCUGCACCUGCGCUGCCUAGCCGCGUACCUGCGCGCGCUGCAGGCGCCGCAGCGGCCGCACAACCUGCACGUGGACCGCGGCGAGUUCCUGUGCCCGCUGUGCCGCCAGCUCGCCAACACCGUGCUGCCGCUGGCGCCGCGGCCGCGCCCCGCCCGGCCGCCGCCCGCGCCCUCCACGCCGGACCAUCAGAACCACCACGAUCAGCGCGCCGCCGCCAUACAGGAGAUGCUCGACACGCUACAUCCAGAACCUGAGCAAAGCAAUCUAUCGGAAGCGAUGGGUAAAUCCAUGGAGGACAUGACGGCCACGGCGGGCGGCAAGUUAAAACAACGCUAUGGCUCCUCACCGGCCGGGAUCUUCACAUUCGUGGCGUCACUCGUGCGCACCAACCUGGAGUGCGAGCUGGUGCAGCGCGGCGGCACGCUGCAGACCACCGCCGCACCGCGCUACAAGCCGCGCAACGACUGCAUCGUGCCGCUGCUGGUGGUGGCGGGCGCACACUCGCGCGUGCUGCGGGCCGCCGGCGCCAAGCUCGGGGCCAGCGAGGCCUGGCGCCUGCUGGCCCCCGUGCCGGCCGCCGCCCUCGGCAGCAGCGCCACGCCGCUGGUGCCGGCGCCGCCCGCCAGCGCGCGCCCCGUGCCGCUGCUGCUGCGGACCCACUGGCGCUGCUCAUGCACUUCCUGCUACUCGCACCGCCGGAUCCGCCAUAUCUCGAUAUGCUGCGUCAGUUGUACGCGCUGUGCUAUUACCAGAUCGUGUGCCAGUUCCUCGCCAACACGAGCGCGGAGGGUCGCGCGGCGCUGGCGGGCGCGGGGCGCGAGGCGGAGCCCGCGGGGUUGCGCCACGCCGCGCGCCUGCUCCUCGGCGCGCUCGCCGGCUCCGAGCUCUUCACCGAGGACGGCCCGCCCGACCACACUGCCGGACCACCACCAACCCGACAUACUGCAGAUGGAGAGGGAGCUGCAAGAGUUGUUGUUGCCGUUCGUGCGCAUAGCGGCGCUGGUGCGGCACCACCUGUACGGGUGCGAGCUGCCGGAGGUGGCGACGCCGCGGCAGGAGUUCGUGCGGCUGUGCUACUACCUGGAGCUGGUGACGGAGGGCAUGGAGUGGUCGGAGUGGUCGGCGUGGCGCGCGCUGCCGGCGGGCGCGGAGGCGGCGGCGCGGGCGUGGGCGCGGCAGCUGGGCGGCGCGGCGGCGCGCGGCCAGCUCGUGGUGCGGCGCCUGCUGCGCGCGCUGCACGUGGCGUGGGCGGCGCCGCGCCUGCUGGCGCUGCCGCGCGAGUACGACCGCGUCUUCACCUACUACCACGAGCGCGUGUGUCUGCAGUGCGGCGCCGUGCCCAAGGAGGCCUCCGUGUGCCUGCUGUGCGGCACGCUCGUCUGUUCUCAGCAGCCCUGCUGCCGCCGGCAUCAGGUCGCCGAGGCCGUGCAGCAUGCGAUGGAGUGCGGCGGCGGCACGGGCAUAUUCCUGGUGGUGACGUCGACGUACAUCAUCGUGAUCCGCGGCCGCCGCGCCUGUCUCUGGGGCUCGCUCUACCUCGACGACUACGACGAGGAGGACCGCGACCUCAAACGCGGCAAGCCACUCUACCUGAGCCAGGAUCGGCUGGAGCUGCUGCAGGCGCAGUGGCUCGCGCAUCGGUUCGACCACACCAAGCGCACCUGGGUGUGGCAUCGAGACUCGCUCUGAACACCGCCAGGGGACUCGCUUACACAUUGUACAUAACUAGAGAUGGAGGUACUGCGUAGACAUCCACUCAGGGUAUGGUCUCAAUUCGAUGGCAGGGCCUUCAGGAAUCGAUAAAUUGUGAAAUUGAAUUUUGGACCUGAUUUCCUAUUUCGGAUUCCUAAAUAUUCACAACACCUAUUUUACAAUAUAGCGCAUUCUUAUUUAUUAAGAUUGUGUCAUAAUACUGCCAAACAGAAUUGAGGCUUGGAUCAAAUGAGGCUGCCUCGCGAGGCGAACGCUCGGUACAUACUGACUCAUACGUUUACCCCAUAAGGUAGCUUUAUUUGGUUUACCAUACUCUAUGAGAACAUAAUUAGACAGAUACUAUCAUUCAGAUUUUCAUAGACUUAAAGAAUCCGGCGUUUUCUACAUCAGUCGAGAACGCCCAACAUUCUUUCAACUAUUGCCUUAUAUUACCUAAAAAACGAUGUAACUCCCAAGCAAUAACUACUUUAUAAUCAUAACUUCAUAAGACAAUAUUAAAUUAAUAGCUAAAUGCUGCGUGAAAAUUAUGGUUCUAUCACUUGCUAUUCGGUUUAAUAUCGACAAUUGUAUUGUAAAUUAUUUUGCCUAAAACUGGCAUGAAGUGAUUAAAAAUUGAUCUGGCAACAUCCGAAACAAGGUAUUCGUGUUUUGGCUACGUGCGGAAAUAAUAGUGCUUAACUUUUGAAAUGUAUCGAUAGUUUAAUUUUAGGUAUGCAGCCGACACCGCUUGGUUAUGUUGUUAUGAAAAAUAUUGUAUUUUUAUAUUUUCUGUAACCUAAAGUAUAUUGACAACAGUUUGUGACUGUAAUUGUUUUUCGAUAUUUUUUGCCAAAUUGUUCUCAUGGUAUUAGAAGUUGAAAACUGUAUUGUGUUACUUUGCACAGUCUGUCGUUAUUACAUUGGCGUCUCGGCAUUUUUGGACACGAAAUUUUCAGUCUUCGCAAUUUUUUUAAUUCGCCAUACUUUUAGGCAUAUGUUUAAUGAACUUCAUUCGGUCGUUAUACGCGAACAAAUUAACAGUCUGUUUGUUUAUAUUUACCUUUAUACUGUUGCGCUAUUGGUCAUUAGUGCUGUGGUAUACGCGGUAACAAGAUUGUCGAAGCGUCAAGUUAUUGUCGAUAGUCCGCGUAACGUUUGUAAAUAUG